CUGGCGCACGGACCUCCGCAGCGGGGGCGGCUCUGCGGACAGAGCUGCCCUUCGUCGCAGCCCGCGAUCCCGGCGUCCCUGCGCAGCGGCGUCAAAGCUUCCGGCCUGCGAGCGCCAGGCCGCGGCGCGCCAUUUCCACCGAGCGCCAUGGCAGCGGCCGGACUGCGCCCUCUCUUCCGCCUCCUUUCGGUUCUGUUCAUCUCGGGCCCUGCCCUGGGCUGGAACGACGCUGACAGAAUACUGUUGCGGGACGUCAAAGCCCUUACCCUCCAUUAUAACCGCUAUACCACCUCCCGCAGACUGGAUCCAGUCCCACAGUUGAAAUGUAUUGGAGGCACAGCUGGGUGUAAUUCUUACACCCCCAAAGUCAUACAGUGUCAGAACAAAGGCUGGGACGGUUAUGAUGUCCAGUGGGAAUGUAAGACCGACUUAGAUAUUGCAUACGAAUUUGGAAAAACGAUGGUGAGCUGUGAAGGCUAUGAAUCCCCUGAAGACCCGUAUGUACUAAGAGGGUCCUGUGGCUUGGAGUAUGAGUUAGAUUACACAGAAGAUGGCCUGAAGAAAUUGAGAGAGUCUGGAAGAAAACACGGCUUUAACUCUUUCUCUAAUUAUUAUAAUAAGUUGUACUCCUCCGAUUCCCGUGGCGUCAGUGGGUUGAUGACCAUCGUAGUGCUCCUCACUAUUGCCUUUGCAGUUUAUAAGCUGUUUCUCAGUGAUGGUCAAGAUUCUCCUCCACCGUAUUCUGAGUAUCCGCCAUAUUCCCACCGAGACCAGAGAUUCACCAACUCAGCAGGGUCCCCGCCCCCAGGCUUUAAGCCUGAGUUCACAGGACCGCAGAGUACUGGCCAUGGUGGGACUUCCGGUUUUGGCAACGCUUUCACAGGACAGCAAGGAUUCGGAAAUUCAGGGCCAGGAUUCUGGACUGGACUGGGAACUGGAGGGAUGUUAGGGUAUUUGUUUGGCAGCAAUAGAGCAGCAACGCCCUUCUCAGACUCGUGGCAGUACCCCUCUUACCCUCCAUCAUACUCCAGCGCAUGGAAUAGCCGUUCUUACUCACCGCUUCGUGGAGGCCCAGGGGGCUAUUCAGCAUAUUCAGGCUCAGAUACAAGAACCAGGACAGCAUCAGGAUAUGGUGGUACCAGAAGACGAUAAGAGGGGAGAAAUUUGACGUCAGACAUUGGAUGCAAACUUUCUGAUGUUUCAUCACUUUCUCUUUCUCAAAAAAAAAAAAAAAAGUGCUACCUGCUAACAGCUGGGGAAGGGGAGGGAAUAUGCAAAAGUUGUGUCAUAUUUUGUCCUGUGUAGCAUUUUGUAUUCUAUGAUUUGAGGCCAAGAGUUGAUACAUAACAGAAUGUUUAUGUAGAGAAUUGUGUAUGUUAGUAUAACCCCUGGGUGUAUAUUGCAGUUUUUGAAAGCAAUGAUGACUGUGGAAUGCUGAAAAUAUAUUGUUUCAUUUCUAAAACUUGUGAUGUCGUGAGAAUCCACCAGCAUUCAGAAUGAAGGUUUUGUACCAGUAGACACUAAGUGGAGAGCAUUUCAAUCUUGAGCAGGUUUUAGCUGAUGAGUCAGUACCUCAAGGGAACAGUAAUACUCUCUUGAUGUUGUAUUUUUUGGUGUUGGCUGUUCUUCAGACAUUUACACAAACUGUGGUCUACUGAUUAUACCAAUCUGUGGGUUCUGAUCACUCUGAGCUCAGGAGCUGGGAAUCCUUCAGUAGUGGUGUAGCUUUGGUAAGUGAGAAUUACCUUUAGAAGAAGAGGUAGAAAAUAAGCAUCUAGAAGGUUGUGGCGAAUGAUUGUGUGCUGACAGAAUGCCCGCAGCCUCCAUAUUUCUUAACUUCCCGAGAAGUAAAGUUCAAGUGCUUCCGCACAAGUCUUUUAGUAGCAAAAGCAUGUAGUUUUUGUGGAAUUUCAAAUAUCGUUGUAGCCAUCUGUUUGACGCUUACAUUAAAAUGACUGAAUAAAAAACAAACAAGAA